AUGGCUUCAAUUCUCUACACUGCUUGGGCUAUUUUGAACUGCAUGAAUAAUUUAAUCUUUAAGCAUCUUCAAGCUUCUCCUACUUCUUGUGUUUUUCAAGCUUUUCUGCUAAGUUCUAGUUAUCUUAAGGCUAAUCCUAAAACCUCUAAUCCAAAUGUUUCAAAAUUCUUUCAUAUCAAAUGGCAGCCUCCUAAUGUGAAUCAAGUUAAGUUGAACUUUGAUGGUUCUGUUAGAAAUGGGAUGGCCACUAUCGGCUUUGUAAUCCUCAAUGAGGAUGGUAAUCCUCUGUUUGCAGCUAACAGAAAGCUUGGGCAUACUUCGGUUCUUGUGGUGGAGGCAACGGCUUUACGAGACAGUUUACACACUGCUCUUUUACAUCAACAUCCCAAUUUAGUUGUGGAAGGAGAUUCCAAGCUCUUAACUGAUUGUGUUCAAGGUAGAUGUCAGAUACCUUGGCGCAUCAGGACUCUAGUUAAUGACAUCAAGGCGCUCACUCUUCAUUUUCAGUCGAUCAUUUUCAGCCAUAUCUUUCAGGAGGCCAAUUUUAUUGCAGAUCGGUUAGCUUUAGCAGCUCAUACUUUUACUAAUCCUUAUGUAUGGUUCUUUUGUUUGCCCCUUUUGGUGUCCCCAGCGUUCCAGUUAAAUCAGUUGGGAGAGGGUGUUUGUAGAGGCUUUGUCUUUUAG